UCCCGCCCGAUUGGCUUUGGGACUAACGUGUCGCUGCUCUCCUCCCUUCUCACGGAGUGAAGAUGGCAACCAGUUUCCUGGUGCAUGAGAAGAUCUGGUUCGACAAAUUCAAGUAUGAUGAUGCUGAGAGAAAAUUCUACGAGCAGAUGAAUGGUCCUGUUCCUGUCUCCUCCCGACAGAGCACAACCGCCAGCUCUUCCAGUGGCCCCAGUGGGGACCAUAGUGAGCUGGUCACCAGAAUUUCCAACCUAGAGGUAGAGAACCAAAGCCUUCGGAGUGUGAUUCAAUACCUACAGCUCACCAUCUCCAAGCUAGAAAGCCGGCUGAGUACCCUGGAGAAAUGUUCCCCUUCCCACCGCUCUCUGGCUCCUCAGACUCAGCAUGUGUCCCCUAUGCAGAAGGUGGAGCUGCCUCCCACAUCACCCGCCAAGAAGGCAGCCACCCAGCCAGCAGAGGAUGAUGAAGAUGAUGAUAUCGACUUGUUUGGUAGCGAUGAUGAGGAAGAAGACAAGGAAGCAGCCCGGCUUCGGGAGGAGCGACUUCGGCAGUAUGCAGAGAAGAAGGCCAAGAAGCCGGGACUGAUUGCCAAGUCUUCCAUCCUUCUAGAUGUUAAACCUUGGGAUGACGAAACAGACAUGGCAAAGUUGGAGGAGUGUGUCCGCUCCAUACAGCUGGAUGGCCUGGUCUGGGGAGGCUCCAAGCUGGUGCCUGUAGGUUAUGGCAUUCGGAAGCUGCAGAUCCAGUGUGUGGUAGAGGAUGACAAGGUGGGCACAGACAUCCUGGAGGAGGAGAUCACCAAGUUCGAAGAUUAUGUGCAGAGCGUUGACAUCGCUGCUUUCAACAAGAUCUAAGCCCCCUGAAUGUGUGUGAAUCUGUAACCAAAAUAAAGGCUGAGAUUUGAGGUGAAAAAAAA